AUGGCCCACUCUCAACAGCGACAUUGGGGUCGACCUCUAGCUGGUCGACCUCAAGCUCCUCGACCGCGGUUCAACAGCCUCAGCCUAUGUCGCAGCGCUGCUCCAACCACGAAGGCUGCCACGGCAAAGUCACCCGACAACCGUCUCUCUCCGUUGGACACGUUCCGAGCAAUGAUCGCGGAGUUAGGACCCAGCGCCAGCGUCAAUAUGCACGCCCUGUGCGACAGAUGUGGACGAGUCCUCAAAGUUCUAGUACCAAAAGAAUGGCUUGGAAGACUAGAAAGAAACGAAUAUCAAUAUCAUCUUCCUUCAAGCCUUCAACCCCGAUCCUUGGAAGCGUAUCUAGGGGAUAUUCAUCUCCGUAUCUCUCCACAGGUUUGCCCUGGUAACGGCAAUGGCAGCUGCCUCACCAUGCGCACUCGCGAGGGUAUAAAGACCUGGGAAGAACCCAAGGCGUUGCCGGAAACAUCACCUGAAGUGGACCGGGCAUGGCUUCAACUUGGCCUUCCGCCAGCUGUGGGAUACCUGGCGGCUCCAGACUGGCAAGAAAAACUCCAAUCCGCAGUGGCCGAUGCUGACAGAAAUGAUCCUCCGGAGUCCAGGAUAAGCAAAUCCUGGCUCAUCUACCUCCACUGGCGAUGUGCCUGGCUUUUCUUCUCUCGGCGCAAAGGGGGCCUUAGGCACGAGAACGCAAAACUUGAGAGAAUGUGGGGUCAAGUCGAUGUGGACAUACUGCUCUUGGGAUUCGGCAUGCUCGAAAAGGCAGAUCUUGAGGCCCUAUAUUGUACAAGUCAUUCAACUCUUGCGGGCUUGAUAUCUUGCAAGUGGCUAUACGGGUCAGCCCUACUCAACAUGUUCUUUGGGAUUAGACGCGAUAUCGGGAAAGAACAGUUCAACCAGCUCAAGAGAGCCGUUCAGCGAGCUGAUACGGCCAUGGGGAAAUACCUCUUGGCCUGCAUCAACAAGAACGCUGUGGGGUGGCGCGUCCGACGGCAGGCUGCUUUCACUGCGUAUCGGCACGUGGAGGAGCACUUGCACCAUUACGCUAGUCCUUCGCAGCUGAGAGAAUUCUCCAAAUUGCGGCAGUCGCCACCUCCGCCCUCUGCCGAGUUGUUGGAGGAAUUUUUGGCUGAGAAGGGGGGGCAAGAGCGGACUAUGUAUAUUGGAGCUUCGGGACCUAUUGAGCCCGGCAAGGGCGACAACAGAUCUGAUUGGAUUCGCAAUCGGGCCCAGCUGGUCACGUCGGUCCCCAACCGAUGGCCCAGGUCGACAAUUGCUGGAGUUGACAGGCUUCGUGCUUGUUAG